AAGCUUGACACAAAUACAAAUACAGCCCAAACUGAGUGGUGUUUUCCCUUUAAUUACAACAGGAAGAAGAGUAGGCCUACCGGGGGGAGGGGGCGUUGACAUCAUAAUAUCUAUUUAUAUAGUCCAUGGUUGACAGGAGAAACGAAGGUGGGCUUGUGUGCAACAUGACGUCUCCAGAGAUCGCCUCUCUGUCCUGGGGCCACAUGACAGUGAAGGGGUGCUCCUCCAGCUACAAGGACUGUAAGGUCUGGCCUGGAGGCAGCCGGGCCUGGGACUGGAGAGAGACCGGGACCAACCAUACCCCGGGAGUACAACCUGCAGACCUGGAGGAGGUGCUGAAGAAGGGAAUCGACUUGCUGGUCAUCGGCAGAGGCAUGAGCGAAGCUCUGCAGGUUCCCUCCUCCACUCUGGACUUUGUGAUGCAGAAAGGUGUCGACGUCAGAGUCUUGCAGACGGAGAAGGCCGUUGCUGAAUACAACAAACUGGCCGGCCAGGGCGCCAAGGUGGGGGGGGUCUUCCACUCCACCUGUUGAUUACGUAACCGCUGCACCGACGGAGAUGACACACG